UAUUGUCAUGGUAAGGAUUCCUCUAAUCGAAGACAUCUAGACAGGCUAGACAUGGAUGAACUUUCAUUGGACACUCUGGAAAGAAUAAAUGCAUUUAAAUAAUGUAUUUUAUAUCACAACGAUCUCAUACCUAUGAAAAAUUGAAAUAUUCAUAUCACAUUCUUGGAGUCAAAAAUGAAAUAUGCCUUUAUGAAAAGGUUGUGUCUAAUAGGUCCUUAGACAAUGGAAUGGCUGUUUAAUAAAUUAAGUAUGAAUAUUUACUGAAUAUGAAAAGAUAUUUAUGGGGAUUCCAAGAAUGACUGAUGAUUUGUGACUGAAUUGCAGCAAUAAUUCUCCAAUUAAUUGAACUAUAAUGGUAUAUUUUGUUUU